AAUAUUUACAGUUCAAUACGAUUGGUUAUGAUCACAAUUUAUUAUAUAUAAAGAAAAUAAGAGAAAACAAGAGAAAAAAAGAUAUCAAUAAGAAAAGUUUGUAAAAAAAUUACAAAAUCUACAAAAAAAAAAUUAACAGUAAAAAUAUGUAACAGUAAAAAUCAAAUAUAAAAUUAUUAAAAUAGUUAAAAAAAAAACAGUAAAAAGUAUUAAAAAGAAAUAAAAAAUUUGGAUAUUUAUAAAAAAACUUUUACCAUUUGGAAUCACAUUUAUAAUUGACAAAUGUUACUUAAACAAAUACCAAUUUUUGGAGAACAAUUAGUCGUAGAAUUAUAAAGAAAGAAAUAAUUUGUACAAAAUAUGGAAGAAGAUAAAGAUUAUAUAACAGUUGUGGAAGUAGAUGAUCCGAAUGGUAAAAAACUCUCUCAAGAGAGAGUUAUAUUACCAAACGAGCAUAACGAUUUAGAUGAAGAUUCCUCAUUUAUAACGGUAUUAUCUAUAAAUGAAAAUGAAUCUAAAUUAAAUCAAGAAAAUAAAAAACAAUUAACUGUAAUAUCAGAAAUAGUUGUUGUAUAUCGUUUACCCGGAGAAAGAUUAGGAUUUGGAUUAAAAUUCCAAGGUGGAACUAAGUCAAAUGAAAAAAUACAAAGACUUUUUAUACAAUCAUGCGCCCCAGAUAGUCCAGCUUCACGUGUAAAAGCUAGUUGGGGUAAUUUGAAAGAAGGUGAUGAAAUUUUAACAAUUGAUGAUCAGCCUGUUAUUCAAAUGACACGAAUAGAAUGUGUUAAGUGUUUGAAAGAAAGUAAUGUUGCCAUAAAAUUGGAACUAAGGAAUGGCGAUGGAAUUAAAAUUGAAAAUAUUGAAGAAGAGAAAGCAAAAUUAAAUCAGCAACCUCCACCGCCACCACCAGUACCACCAAGAAAAUUAUUAAAGAGAAGACUUUCUGAUAAAAUUAUAACUAAAAAAGAUGAAAAGUGCGUAACUCCACCACCAGAUCCAGAAUAUUACAUUAAUUUAUUAUCAGAUGAGACAGCUUCUGUUAUUACAGGUUCCGAAAGUGACGAUACAAGCAGUUCUAUAUCAACUGUAAUAGACAAAUUUUCAUUAAGUUCUAGUUAUUCUUCUGAAUCAGACUUAACUAAUUAUGGUCUUCUAAAUGGUUCUAAUAAUGUGAUUAAUAAAUCUGAAUUAGCCAAGGUUUUGCAACCAUUUACAUUACUAGAAGAAGAGUUUAAUGUCGAUAGUUCUGCUCAAUUAGAGGAAUGUUUAAAAAAGUUAGAGCCAAUUGAAAUCAAUCAAACAAUUAUUCUUGCAAAUGAAGUGCAAGUGACACAAAAUGAAAAUGCAAGACCAUAUGAAAAUGUUGAAAUUAGUUUAAAUAACAAUACAUCUAAACAAAAUUUAUUCAAGAAUCAAUAUGAGAAUAUUGAUUUAUCUAAGAAUAAGAGUUGCCAAGUUAAUCCAUAUGAAAAUAUUGACUUAAUAUCAACUGCAAAAGUAGAAGGAACCAAGACGAAUGAUUAUGAAAAUAUAGAAAUUCCUUCAACGAAUACAUCUGACUUGCAAAUUAUUCAAUAUGAAAACAUCGAAAUUUCUAUUCCUCCAACUCCAAAACCAAGAAUUAUAGAACCAAAAAGACGUCAAAUUUUGCCCGUUCCAAGAAAAAUUAAUUUACCAACCAAAAUUGAGAUCAAUCAAUCUUCUAAUACAGAAGUUAAAUUAAAGAGUUCGCCCGAAUCACAACCAAAAAGUAAUUCUUCAGCAAAUUCUCAUAGCAGCAAAUCGGAUUUAAUAACAAAAAUUCCAAAAGCCAUUACUUCCAUGUUUUCCUCAUCAUCGUCUCAAAAUUCUAAAAAUAUUGAACGAGCAAAAACUGAUAUUGAUUUAAGAACUAAAGCAAAAUCAACUUCUCCAUCUGGCGAGCUGAGCAGUCUUCAAAGGCAAUGUCAAAAUUUUAUUAAAAACGAAGUCCAAAAUUCCUUAGAAAAGAUAUCUGUUAGAUGUUUAAAAUCAUGUGACGAUUUAGAAAGAAUAGGUAAAUCCAAAAUUCCUGUUAUAUUGCCUUUGCGAAAAUUAUCUAUUGAAGAUGCUUCAGAUCUAAAUUAUGUUGAAAAUAAACCUCCUGUUAUUAAAACAUCACUUACUAAGCAAAAAUCGGAAAGUGACUUAAAGCUAGCUCUACAAAGAACUAGAUCUGGUGAGAAUAUCAAGAUUAGUAAUUUGCCCACAUUCAAACCAGCAAAUCAAUUAAACGGUAAUGAAAAGCCAAUAUUACAAAGAUCACUGUCAGCAGAUACUAAACAAAUACCAGAAAGAUCUACUCAAAUACCAAAAUUAAGUCAAGAAACUGUUGCAAAAUUGAGAGGGCCAAAGCCAAAGCCUCCAGAACGUGUUCAAUCUUUACAAAAAUCAACUGGUAUCCCAAAAUUAUUAAGUUCUCCAGCUGAAGAGUUUAAAACUUUUAAACCAAAUGUCGAAAAGCCGUCAUUAAUGAAAAAUGAUUUGGGUCAAAUGAAGCAAGUGCAUAAUAAAGAUAUCAAAUUUAAAAUUCAGACUUACGAAGGUAAUUCUAUAGAGCAAGAUCCUCCUCUAUUAAAUGAUUUGAAUCGAAACCAUUCGGCGAUCAAUUCAACUACUACAAACAAACUGACAAAUAAAGUCGUUUGUCCCCUGCCAGAAGCAUUGGGAAAAGAUAAAAAUAAAGAAAUUGAAAUAAAUUCAAUAUCAUUACCAGAAGAUAAUAAAUACAAUAAUCAAAAUAUUGAAAAUAAUGUUGAAAUUAAAGAAAUUAAAAAAUUUUCGGUUGAUAUAUUUAAAAAUAUUGAAAACUUGGAUAUUAACGAAAACUUAGAUCAAAUUGAACAACCUGAUCUCAAUAUUCCCGUAGUAGUGGUUGGAAAAUGUAAAAAAAUUGACGCUACUAAUGAAGAUAAUUAUAUAGUAAGUAGUUCAAGUGAAGAUGAAGAUGACGAAAAAAAUUAUGAUAUUGAAGAAGGAGAAAAAUUAGGACCACCGGAGUUAAUUAAUGGACCUGGACCAUCAGAGGCAUAUUUUAAUAGUUUUCCAUGGCUCUCGAGUAUGCUACCCACUAUUGGAGAAGUCGAAGAAGAAUUUUCUUCCUUAGAAUUACAACAACAAUUAGGAAAACAAAAGGAAUUUCAAUUACAGCAACAACAGUUACAAUCUCCUUAUCAAAAGCAACAGCAAUGUAAUAACGUGCAAAACCAUGAGCAUGUAGAAAACCAGCAAACUAAUUUAGGUAUGAACCAGCAGCCACAUUUGCAAAUUGAAAAAUCAUCGCAAGAGGAUAAAGAAUUCAAACAGUCCGAAGAAGCAAUCCAACAUUCUGAAACCUCUUCGGUUAUGACUCGGCCAUUUGUCCUUAUUAACGAUAUACCAGAAUCGAAGCCAAAAUCGCAGCAAGAGCAAAAUCAAGAAAAUGAGAAGCCAAAAGAAGAAAAUUUACCACACGAACAACAUUCAGAGCAAGAAAAUAUUGUUUUUUCCGAAAACAAUUUAUCAAAUAAUGGAGAAAGUGAAGCUAACUUUCAACAAGAGGACAAUCAAAUAUCGUUGGAUCUUCAAAAUAGCCAACAAAGCAAAAAAAAGAAUUUGUCGCACAAUAAAACUCUUGCACCCGCGCCACCUUUACCAGUAUCAAAAAUAAUGAAAACUUCUCAAACAAAUAUAAUAUCACUGCAGCAAUCACAAGUUGAUAACAAGCCGAUAAAUUCUGAAAUAGAAAUUCUAAUUAAUUCUGUUAAAACAAGUGAUAAAAAUUGUAAUGGUAUAACAGAAAGCAACAAAAUUCUUGAUAAAAAUCCUAUUGAGAAUGAAAUUUUGGGAAAUUCAAAUAUAAAUUUGGAUUUAAAUUCUAAUUUAAAUUAUGGCAAUAAUGAUCAUAAAACAGAAAAUAUUUCCUUCAUUCAAAUUAAUGAUGAUGACAAUGUUGCAGGUAUUGAAAAUUCUGGUGAAAUAACAGUUACACAGGAACAAAAUAUAAAUGUUCAACAUAUACCAAUUAAAUCAAGUAAAGAUGAUGAACAAGUGAUAGAAAAUAUUGAUAAUAAAGUAAGUAAAACAAAAUCUGACAUACCAGUUACUGAAACUACUUUAGAAAUUUUACCAACAACAUCAUUAACGGAAUGCACAACUCCAGAUAUUAAAAGUUCAAAUAUUGUUGUUAAUGAUAUCAAAAAUGAAGAUAAGAUAACAUCAACAGCGAAUAAUAUACAAACAGACGAUGUUAAUAUUGCAAAAAGCUCUAAUAGUACAUCAGUACAAAUUGAAAAACCUAAAACACCGGAUAAGUGUGAAGUAAAUAAUCGUUCCGAAAAACGUGGUAUACUAGUAAGUAUUAUUAAAAAAAGUUUAUUUGGACGUGGGAGUGAUAAAAUGGAUAAAGAUAAUAAAAAGAACGGGAAAAAUUCAAAAAAAAGUACUGGAACUGACUCCAUUUCAAAAACUGCAGAAAAUAAUUCUAAUCAAGCAGAAAUGAAGUCAGAGAAAAUUUGUGAGAAUAAUAUAAAUCUAGAACAAAAUGCGAAUCAAAUUGAAAACAAUAAUAACGGGCAAAUGAUUCUUACAGCAAUAUCAGAAAAUAAUUUUGAAAAAAUUGUAACUCCAUCUGACGUUCAAAUUUCUAAUGUAUUAAAAUACGAGACUUCAGAUGAAAACAAUACCAAAUCAGAUGAUAUAAAAAAAUUUAUUUCGGAGGAGAAGCAACUCAUCUUAUCAAGUAGUGAAAAUCAAAAUACUGGAGAAAAUAAUGCUUUCUCUGACACUGACAUUAAAAAUGUAAAAAAUAUUAAGGUGUCCGAUAAGAAAUCAAAAACUAUUGAUGAACUUAAUUCCAAGUCCCAUGAAGAGAAAAGAAUUAUUGAAGAAACGUUAUUACAAGUAAGUAAAAUUACUCCAGAUCCACCAAGUAUGUUUGAAGAAAUAAAAAUUGCAAUUGUUGAAAAUGUUACGUCUGAAGACGAAACUAUUUUGGAUGCAAAACUAGUACCAGUUAAAGUACAAACAAAAAAUAUUUCAUCAGACGAUAAAAACAUGGUGAAUCUGAAAUCGUUUAAAAAGGAUUCAGAAAUAAAACCACAAGAAGAACCUGUUUUGACUAAUAUUGUGCGUGUUGAAAAUUCUACUGAAAUAGAAUUACCGAAUAUAAAACUAAUUUGUUCGGAGUUUGUCAAACAAGAAGCUCAAAACUCCAACAAAUCAAAUGAAAUUAAACGAUUUUCAAAAAAUUUACAAACAAAAGAAACAACAAAUCAAGAAGAAGAUAAAAUAAAAGUAAUUAAAAAGGUUGCGCCACCUCCACCAGUAAGAACAAAUAAGAUUCCAUCUUCUAACGUUUCUAAAAACGAGGUAGAUACUUCAAAAGUUUCUAAAAAAGAAAUUAUUAACCUUGAUUCAGAUAAAAUGAAAUCUGAAACCAUAAAUGGUAAACUUGAAUUAAUUACAUCGAAAGUUGAAGAACAAACUUACAAACUUCCAAAAUCUAAUUCAGUUGAAACUUUAAAAGAAGAAAUAAAUGAAAAACCAUUAGUUAAUGGGCGGCGAUUUUCAGAAGGCCAAGAUAAUAUUGAUAAAAUUCUUGAACGCGAUGCAUUCUAUUGGAAAUUAUUUAAUAAGAAUCGUUCAGAACCUUCUGGUAAAGAAGAUGAAAUUGAAAAUAAAAAAAUUGAUGAAAAUAAUCUAUCUAAUAAAAAACAAGUAAUUGAAAAUAUUGACAUAAAAAUAAAUAAAAUUGAACCUAAAAUUUCUGAAGAAAAACCAUCAUUAGAUCAAAGAAUAAUUUUAGGAGACGAAGAUUCAAAUUCUAAAAAUAAUCUGAAAAUUAAAAAUAAAUUACAUUCUAGUAAUGAAAAAUCGAAAGGAAUGAAAUCAACAAAAGCUGUAGCUAGUAGUGAUUCGUAUGAAAAUUACAACUCCGAUGUUGUAGUUAAUAAUGCUAAAAAUACUGAUACGGAACAAAAACUUUUUUCAAAAGUUGAUUGUAAUGAAACAGAAGUUAACGAUUUAAAAUCUUUAGCAGAUCUUGAUGAUCCACUUAUUGAGAUACCAGCAGAAUCUAUAUGGAAUGUUAAACAAGAUAAGAGUGAUGAAAAUAUUGAAAAUCCUGAAAUUAAAAUGGAAAUUUCUGUAGAAACAGAAAUUUUAAUGAAGGAAAACUCUAAUAAAGGUAAAAAGAAACAUUUUUUUGUUUUAUUGAUUUGGGAAUGAUUUAUUAUCGGAUUUGAUGAAAAUAAAAUUGCCAAUCUUGUAGACAUGAUGAUGAUUAAAAUGAUGAUCCGAUUCGAUUCGAU